AUGGAUCGCCAAAAGAGUACGCUCGAAUCCGCAAUCGAGAUGGCUGCUUUAAAGGCCUUUCAGCCUCAAAGCGACGGGGAAUCUCGCUCAGAAGGUCAGCGGGAACUUAGCACCAUCUUGUCGAGAUCCAAUACCAUGGCACUUAUGUCUGCUCUAAGCAAGUUGACCCAACCUGAUCGUGUUCCGGCAUGGCUUCGAAUCCAUUUGAUGGACGUGCUCACCUUGCUCCCCCAGCGACAUGAUGGCGUCCGGGCCACCUUGGAAUUUGUCUUUUCUGUCCACCCUUCGAGUGCUGUAAACCCAUCCGAGGCGGUCGUACCUCAGAAGCAAGGUGCAAAUAUCACCAUGGAGGCUCUUAAACUUGCCUCUAAUCUGCUGUCUACGCCACCCGCUACCAUCCCGCCGGAGCAAUGGUUUCCCGGAAUCGCCCCCCAGCUCUUAGUUCUCCUCGACGGGAAAGACGGCGCAGAUCUUGCGAAGGCGGCCGCUUAUGUGAUCGGUUUCGGAGUAUUAGGGAGGAAGCAAUUUGGGGCUCCUGGAACACCUGGGUGGAAAGCCUUUGCCGAGCCAAUGCUCUCCAGGAUAAACCCUAGUCUAUCGUCCGAGGAGCAUACAAGAGAACCCCUCGUAUUCAGUGCCGGCCCUGAUGAGGUUGUUGACUUACGUAAAGAAGGUAUCCUCGUCGAAGCGGUCGAUCUGCGUAACGCGCUAAGACGCCUAUCCUCUCUGCUGGACUCGCAUCCGAAUCCCGGCUUGACAAAGAGACUUCUUACUCCGUUGAUGCUGCCGCUAUGGACGUUAUCGUCUUGGCCGCCUAUGAGUAGUGAGUUUGACAAGCAGUAUAGAAACCCGGCGAAUGCUCUCCUAAAAAUAUAUCUCAAAAUUUCGGGCUCUCCGGAGAAGUUCCAAACGCUUCUUAGUAACCUUCUCGUAAACGGAAGUAGGAAUACGUCCAAGCUCCAGUGGCUAUUUGAGAUGGUCGGCGAUUCUGAAAUUCAGGUAAAACGUCUACGGAGAGGCACAAAUGACUCAGAAAUCGAGUUGAGCCUAGGACUCUUGGAGUCUAAGUCGGAUGCCUUUACAGAGCUCUUGCAGUCAGUCGGAACCGAUUCGGAUAUAUCUACACUAUUCCUGAGCCUGCUACGAGAUUCACUCGGUUCUACGGAUACUACGCAAGAGAUCAAAUUAAUCCCGGACGCAGGGAAACAGAAAGAACCGGCAGUACAGCUAAUAGAGGCAAAGGUGCUGCAGAAAAUGAUGGAGAAGCUAUCAGGCCAGCUAGUCUCGAGCUGGAAGCAAAUGCUCGAACUCGUCGGCCAGAUACUAGGAGGGUCCGAAACGUCAUCGGCUACAGUCAACGAUGACGCUACAGCUGUAGCGCUUAGCCUGCUGAAUCUCGUAGUCACGGCUCCUGGCUUUCAGAAAAAAAAUGUCCCCGCCGGUCUUCUCGCAUCUAUAGAGAAUUCUCUCGAAAGAAUAAGUAAAUUACAGGCGGCCGACGUAUCGCAAACGGCUCGAAACCUUUCUCUCCUGCUGAAGUACCGGGAUGCUAUAGAAGAUCCGUCUGAACAGACAACAAUGCCUACAGAUCGCCAGGUUGAAGAUCGCAAGACUUACAACUUAGCUAUCUCCUAUAUCACACAGUCGGACUCACCUCCGCCGGUGCGCACGGAGGGUCUAAAUCUGCUGUCUAGCCUGAUACGAGCCAGUAGCCCCAUUCUUGAUAUUCAAGCCACUCUGGUCCUCCUCUCAUCUCUACUGAAUGAAGAUGAUGACUAUGUCAAUUUGACCGUGGUAAAGCUAUUUACUCAGCUAGCCGACCGGCAUCCCCGCUCAACCAUCAAGGAGAUCCUGGAACAUUACGUCGACGCUAACGAAUUAGAUACUACUGACACUCGUCUCCGGUUCGGCGAGGCAUUGCUCCAAGUAGUCCAGCGCCUUGGAGAGACCUUUUCGGGCGAAACGGCACGGCAAGUAGGUGAAGCGCUCCUCGCGAUCGCGGGACGGCGCGCUCAACGUCCCAAAGCCAAAGCAAAACAAGAUCGCCAAGAGCGGCUCGAGCAGAUGAAGAACAAGGCCGCGCAGGAUGCUUGGCAGGGUGAGGUACCCGAUCUUAGCGAACUCGACGACGAGCAGACGGAAGAUGAGAAAGCGCGCAACGGGUUCAUCGCGCAGAUCGUGUCCGGUUGGGAGAGCAAGCGCGGAGCCGAGGACGUGCGUAUGCGUGCCUCGGCGCUGUCCGUGUUCUCGGUUGCUAUAGAGACCAACGUCGCCGGGCUAGGUGCUCCUCUCGUCGAGGCAUCUGUUGAUCUAUGUCUUAACGUUCUUGCCCUCGAAACAGGCCCAGAGACUGGUAUACUUCGCCGGUCUGCUAUUAUACUCAUCUUGCAUUUCGUACGGGCGCUCGCAGAUGCACGCGAGAGCGGCAAACGUCUUGGCUUCGGGUUAACUGACCCGAGCCGGCAGGAUAUCGCGCGCGUGCUAGAGUACGUAGCUCAGACGGACAACGAUGGAUUGGUACAGCAACAUGCGAGAGACGUUGUAGAGAGCCUACAUAAUUGGCAAUUAAGCACUUUGGUAUCACCUGCUGCAGAGGCCCGGAACGACCAGGGUACUACUACGCUGACUCGGCUAGCUGGGCUGGAUAUAGGGGCUGCUCCAAGCUUGCCUUCCUUGGAGCCGAAGGCGAGGCCUAAGAUUGAAGAGAUCGACUAG